AUGACGCUACCGGAGGCACUUCUGAAGCGCCUUGCCAAACGUGGCAUCAUACCAGAAGGCAACAGCAAGCAAAAUAGUGCCGUAACAAAUGAAACUCAUCCACCGAAAGGAACGUCCACCGCGGAAGGUGAUUCGGACCGUGACCGCGACCGAGAUUCGGACAACUCGUCCGAACGAAGCUCCGACGGGAAUGGUGACGAUACUGACGAUGUAGAUGAGGAUCGACGCGAAACAGAGACCAUCAACGAAGAAAUCAUCGCCGAAGAUUACGACGAGUACGAUCAGGUCAAUCCGGAUUCGUUCGAGUAUGCGUCCAAGAAGAAAAAUACCGCUGCGAUAGGCUGGACGGAAAAGAUGAAGCAGAAGAUGACCAAACGAUACGGCUACCAGUCGGUGGACGGUUGUCAGAACAAGUAUAACAUCUAUCACCUCUGCACAAUGUACUGCGUUAAGCGGUUCGGGGAGGUAGAGUUCGAGAUCGAGAAGGAGUACGAGAAACGCGUCAAACGGUUGCUCGAGCGCUAUCCGUUGCCGAAAAACUGGCGCAAGGAGUACGACAUUGGGUGUAAAGCGUUCUAUUUCUACAAUAAGGAUACGCGUGUGGUGUCCUGGUUGCCACCGACCCACCCGGAUGCGAAGCUUACCAAGAGCGCUAAAUUGUUGCGCCACGAGUUGAUGGAAGAGCAAAAACAAAAGGAAGCCGCAAGUGAAGCAGCUCCACCGACGGUCGUUGUGGAAAGUUACCCACCGACGGCGAUACCAGCAACGAAACCACUGAUAGGUCCGGCUAACACAGCUAGUCAGAUGGUUCCGGCGGUCACGGGACCGGGGGCGGAAAAUCUUAAACCACCCGUUGUAAAUCCUCCGAAGCGGCCGCUCAAACAAUCGGGCGGCAGGGAUGAUGAGAAACGGUCGCGUACGUUCUCGUCUGGGAAUGAACCUGGGGCUGUGGGUGAUGCGACAAUAUCCGAGACAGAGCGGGAUCGUGACUAUCGCGACCGUAACCGAGAUAGACGUGAUCGUGAUCGAAGAGGUGAUCGUGAUCGUAGUCCAGUAAGAGGUGAAGACAAUCGGUUUGGAUCACGCGAUCGGAACCGCGAGCGUGACCGGGACCGGGAGUAUCAUCAUCGUGAUCGUCGUCCGCCUCGCGGACCGCCAAAAUCGGCACCGCUCGAUCCAAUGGAUCCGGCCGCAUAUUCCGAUAUACCGCGUGGCACUUGGUCGGCAGGUCUGGAAACAGCCUCAUCCGCUGCCGGUACAAAGAAGGAAAAGGACGAACGUAAAACCAAACAGUCGAAACAGGACGAUCAAGAUGGUGCGGACGAUGAUGAGGAGGGUGCGCAUGAGGUGCUUAAAAUUUCGGCCGUUAAAGAAUUCCACCAGGAGGACGAGGACGAUGACGAGAUGGAUUGA